AACAAGUCAAAAUAGAAGGCCGUGGAUUCACGUUGGAUCGUAGAUCAUAUAAAAGCUUGCAUUUUUAUUGCAAUCAGUCGACUCGGGGAUGAGAAAGAGGGCACCACGGAAGGAAGCAGUGAAAGGGAAUCGUGGCGUCGAUUGCUUUUCGUUUUCUACUCCCAUCAAAUCGAAACCUCAAACCACUUUGUUUCUCGCCCUUUCUUUACCAGAUUCCCUGCGCCACCCCUCCCCCCGAAAAAAAGAACUCAAGGAUAGAGUGGAAAAGCUGCGCCUGCUUGGAGCAGCGGUGUUUCCCUGAUUCAUAUAUAGGAUUGGAGUGUUGCCGGGGAAUUGUCUGGUUGCAGCAAGCAUGGAUGACGGGGAAGUGGACCUCUCGAGCCACUUGCUCCUGCCGAGCCCCGAAAUGACCCAGAGCUUCGACGAGUUCUUGCGAAGGACCACCACAUGCACCCACACCCACACAUGCAACCCCCCGGGCCCGGCCGCCGCCGCGCACACCCACACAUGCUACCACACCCACACCCAGGUGUUCUCGGCGGGCGAGGAGGAGGGGCCGGGCGAAGAGGAGCCGAACAAGUCCCGCCGCAGGCCGCUGGGGAACAGGGAGGCGGUGCGCAAGUACCGAGAGAAGAAGAAGGCCCACGCCGCCUUCUUGGAGGAGGAAGUCAAGAAGCUGCGCCUCCUGAAUCAGCAACUCCUGCGACGGCUGCAGGGGCAGGCGGCGCUGGAGGCGGAGGUGGUCAGGCUGCGAGACCUGCUGGCGGAUCUCAGAGGGAAGAUCGACGCGGAAGUGGGCGGCGGCUUCCCCCUCCUCCUCAAGAAGUGCAGCCCUGCUGGUGUACACUGCGACAGCAAUGGCCAGUGCGUGGAGGUGAUCGACUGGGAAGGAAGCUGUGUGCCGGUGGUGGUGGACUGCCAGAUCGAUCCAAAUGGGGAUGACCGAGCAGAACUUGGAGAUCGUUGAAGCCGUGUCAAUUCAACAAACAGCUGGGAGCAUCUGAAACAUGAAUCAAAAGGUUUUGAUCUCUGUCUCCGUCCUAGCCAUGUUCCUGAAUCCGAAACAUGAAUCAAACAGCUUGUAAGAAAAAUGUUGUAUUUUAUGAUGAUGGAGUAGCAUCUAUCAGGCCAAUUCAGUGGAAAUCUUAUAUGUACAGAAUAAGUAAUCUUCUUGCUUAGAAGAGAGAGAGAGAGACAUAAAGAAAGAGUAAUAUCCACAUUUGUUUUUUGCUGCUGUAAUGGAGUGGUUGAAUCGAUGCCUCCCUCUAUAGAGUGGUGGUGAUGAAGUGUUGCUGAGUGUCCAAAGAGGUGAAGGCAUAAUAAAUACGUGUAGCGACUCCCUUUCUCUACAGCAAUGUUGUAAUAUGGUGUUGCAUAAGUGCUUGAUUAGAGAGAGAGUUGGAUUUA